GGACUUUUAGUCUGGAUAAUGCCCCUGUGGUGAACAGGACAACUGAGGAAUGGCACGUAAAUGUGUCUCUUCCAUCAGCGGGGCGUUAUCGUGUCACAGUUAAGGCCUUUAACCCAGUCAGCUGGGCCUCGUUUCACACACACAUCCUGGCUCAGGAUCCAGUUGGAGAGCUGGUGCUGAACGUUCCCCGUGUGAUCAGAACGCAGCAGGAACAACCGGUUGUGUUCAGAGUCGCAUCCGGGUCCAAUGUGACCGUCUCCCUGCUGGUGAACGCAACGUCGCUUUACAGGAACAGCAGCUAUGUAACAGGAGAAGAGAUGAUGGCGGUUUUGCUUUUCAACCACACCGGGACAGUCGUGGCUGAGCUUCGAGCCGAGAACCGAGUGUCUUCUCUGAACAAGAGCGUCAGAGUGUGCGUUGAGGUGAACGGGAAGUCGUCAGCACAGGUUAGAGAUAAUCCAAACUGGCAACCAACCACCAGUCAGAGUCCUUCUCACAGCCCGGCUGACAAUGCAGUGCGGAUUUAUGCAGCAAAGCCAGCCUAUGCCACGAAUACAGACGUAACCUUCCAGGUUGUGGCUGAUGCACCGGACCUUGUGGAAUUCAUCUGGCAAUUCGGAGACUCCACAUCAGCCAGAACCACCUCAAGAACCGUCACCAAACGGUACCACAAACCUGGCAGGUUCGCCGUAGUUGCAGUGGCGUCUGCUGGUCGGACGUCCGUCACCUCCGAGGCGUUCCCUCUGGUGGUCCAGAGAGCAGUGAGGCUCAACAGGCUCGUGCACCCGGCCUCGGUCCUGCAGAAUGGGACGGCGACGGUGAGCUGCCGGGUCAAUGCCGGGACUGACCUCAGCUUCCGCUGGAGCUUUGGUGACGGCUCGUCCAGGCUGGGACAGAGCGCAGAGCGGCACGUGUUCCACAGAACAGGGGAGUUCAGAGUCGAAGUGACUGUGUCUAACCUGGUCAGUUCUGCCUCCCUGAGCAGUCACAUCUUCGUUGUGGAUCGACCUUGUCAGCCUCCACCUGUCAAAAACAUGGGUCCUCUCAAACUGCAGGUGCGGAGGUAUGAGGUCAUCCGUCUGGGGGUGACCUAUGAGACUGAAAUCGACUGCGACGCACCAGGAGGCCUUCAGUACACCUGGACCGUGUUGGACUCUGCGGGCCGGAUCCUCAGUUUGCCUCUGACGGACACACACACACAGGGUCUCACACUGCAGAGCCACCUCCUGCAGUAUGACACCUACACCGCCACAGCCAGGGUCCAGGUCGUAGGCAGCGUGGUGUACAGUAACUACAGCGUGAGGGUCCAGGUGAUGCCGAGCCCCCCCGUGGCCUUCAUCCAGGGCGGCACCAACGUCUUCAUAAACAACGGGAACGCAACCGUGCUAACUCUGGACGGGCAGAGGUCUCACGACCCCGACUUCCCCAUGAACCCGCUCAGCUACAGCUGGACGUGUAAACCACUCAGCUCCAUCGCCACCACCUGCUUCAACCGACACAUUUCCACUUCCUCCGCGGUGCUCACGUUUCCCGUUCGUCUCCUGAAACACGACUUUGACCAGUUCCAGUUCACGCUCACCGUCCACAGCGGAGAGCGCUCAGCUUCGUCAGACACCUUCCUCACAGUGGUACCAAACCUGCUCGGGAAGUUGUCAGUCGACUGCCCUCAUUGUCAAGGAGACCAGGUGAACUGGGAUCAGUCGUUCUCCGUCGGCGCCUCGUGUGAAGACUGUGGCGUUUCCCACACACACCUCCGUCACACCUGGAGUCUGUACCUGGUCAACGCCUCCUCCAGGCCUGUCACAGAAGUGCCGUUUUGCCACACAGUGGAUCUCGGCGCUCCUUCCACAAUCACAGUGGAUCAGACUCCGGGGACUUCCGCCCUGCAUCCACCUCACGCAGAUACUCCACACGACGCCCGAGCUGUCCAUUCCUCAGCCCCUGCUCUCCUGACUGAGAUCGCCCCUGAAACAACUGGAACCAGAAAGCAAAAUGUGGGGCCGACUGACAGCUUGACAUCAGCAAAGAAGAGUCGAAACUUGUCAACCAAAGCUGAGUCUGAGCCCUCCACCGACGCAGCUCCUGUCAGCAUAAGAACAACAGGGUCAGGAGAGGAGCCCUUAUAUGAUUACCAGGGAGAGUUGGACCCUGCAGAGCAUCAUCCCUCCACUGAAUACAUACCACUCACCCCUGACAACAGCGGAGUCCUACAUCCUGAACUCUUUGGCCAAAGCAACAUUAUCGGUGAUUUCCCAACUCAUUCCGGCUCCUCUGCCGAGUGGGAAUCUUCUUUUCCCGGCCUGGAGAGCGGGGACAUGGGAGGUCGACAAGAGUCCGAUUAUGACGGUCCCUUCCCAAGUGUGGAGGAGGGAGACCCCGGGAGCUCAGCAGGAAGACCCACAGGUGUGGACGGUGAGACCCUCAGUCCCGGAGCUGACUCAGUGUUUGAUCCGGCUGAAGGUGAGGGGAGUAAUCUGGUGGUCUCCAGACCCUCCGUACUGACCCAGGAGCCGACUUUGCUCGAUUUGCCCCGGGACUCGGUGGACAGAGACGUUUUUGAGUCCUACACGUACACAGGAAUUUCCUCCCCUUCAGUCAGCCUCCGACCGUUCAGCCUGAGGCCGGGGAGCAGAUACAUGUUGGAGGUCACUGCCCAAUCUCGUAAUAGUCUCGUCGGUCGGACUCAGCUGUUCCUGAAAACCAAGCCUGUUCCGAGGGGCAUGACGUGCCAGGUGCAGCCAGUCAAAGGGAUGGAGCUCCACACACAUUUCAGCAUCUUUUGCACCUCAGGGAAAGAGGAUUUACUGUAUGAGUACAGCUUCAGUGUAGGAGGCAGACGUCCCAGGGUCUUGUACCGAGGUAGAGAUUUCCAAUACUACUUCAGCCUUCCUUCAGGUGACCCGAGUGAUGACUAUAAAGUAACCAUUUAUACUGAAGUCCGAAGCGGCACACAUGGGACAGCCACUAAACCCUGUCCUGUCACCAUCAAAGUUGAACCAAGCUUCCUCAGAGACACUUCUCCUCAUCAUGAUCCCGAUCUGGAGCUGUCCGGGGCAGGUCUGAGGAGCCUGUCGGCUCUGGUCGGGCUCGGAAACAGUCAGGAGAUCCGGAACCACGUCCGUCUCCUCUCCGGCAUUCUGAACAGACUCAGCCUGGAAGCCGAGGCCAACGCACAGGCACAGAGACACGUGCGCAGUGUGCUCAUUGGCACAGUGUGUGAGCUCGAGGGCGGUGAACUGGCAUCAAUGGUCGACAGCAUCUGCACCCUCCAAGACCUCCUGCAAGUAACGAAUCAGGUAACAUUAGCGAGUGCCAGACGCGCGACAGUUCACGUUCAGUCCGUCUCAGACCUGUUUUGGGAGUCGAGUGCUCCGGGCCCAUAUCACCUGGACCAGGAGAUCCUCGACGCCCUGGUCGUCCUGCUGUCACACAUCCUGCGGGCCGCUGUCGCGCAUCGCGACCUCGGCCCCGAGUCGCCCAAUGCGAGUAGUAUAGCACAGGUGUUGGAAUGGGACCCACCCACCGGGGAUAACACCAGACGGACCAGUGCGUCUCCCAGUGGCCGCACGCCAGCGUCCCCCGACGGUGAGCACAUCACACAGGGACGGUCGACUUCGGCGCAGCAGGCGACACGGCUCGUUGUCGAUGCCCUGCAGACUGCGUCCGACCUGAUGCUGAAGUACAUUUUGUUCCACAAGGUCGAGCAGCACAGAAUCGGAACAGGCCUGCUCGUCUUGCACGCCUCCUACCACCAACGGACGUCCACAGUCGUCCGCGGCGGCUCUGCCACCUUCUACGCGCCCGCUCCUCUGAUCCAGCUGCUGUUCGUCCAUCGCGGUGGAGCGGCGGGGAGCAGGGAGGAGCGGCCAUGUGUGCUCAGCGUGCUGACUGAGCUCGCCCGCGACCCUCACACCCCCGGCGAUGUCCGGCUCGGCGGACCAGUGGUCGACCUGAGUCUGUUCAGGUGCAGCGGGAGGAGAAGGGUCCCCGUCCGUUCCCUCCUGCAGCCAAUCGACGUUGAGCUGCAACGUCCACCGGGAAAUAAGAGCUCUGUGCGCGAGUACGUCCUUCUCCGCAGCCGGGUCAGCUACCACAGCCUCAACAUCACCCAGGACCAUCUGCAGCAGGCCGUCCAGCUGAGCGUGGCGUUCAGGCCGCUGCCCGGCAAAGUGUUUCCCAUCAUGCUGCUCUUCAGGAUGUUUGAGAGGCCGACUCCCAGCAUGCACCACCUGCGCAGGGUUCACCACUGGGAGAGCAACAGCACACGCAUCACUCUGCCUCCAGCCUAUUUCAACACUGCAGGGGUCGGUCACCUGGCGCUGCUGAAUGCUGAUUUUGGGAAAGCGUCCGGACACAAGCACAUGAGUGACCGGAUCAGCUACAGCCUCACAGUGGUCAGCAGUCAGUGUUUGUCCUGGGACGACCAGCAGGGGGCCUGGACUCACGAAGGCUGCAGGACACAACAAACAGACACAACCACUGCUGUGAACUGCAGUUGUGUUCAGUUGAGGCCUCUGACCGUGGUGCAGCAGCAGAUCCAGAGCAGCCACGGCACAGCCGAUCUGGACCCUUUCCUAAGUGUGUCCCAUGAUCUGACAGUGGUGCUGGUGCUGGUGCUGUGUGUGUGCCUGUACGUCCCCGGGUUGGCGGCGUGUAAGAGAGCCGACGUCAUCUCCGAGGAGAACGGAAGAGUCCACUAUCUCCCUGACAACUCUCCCGUUGACCCACAUCUUUAUGCUGUGACCAUCCACACUGGCCUUUGCUCUGCAGCCAGUAUGAGUGCUAAGGUUUACAUAGUGCUGUACGGUGAAGAUGGAUUCUCACACACAAGAGAACUACAAGUCCCAGGGUGCACUCUGUUCAGGAGGAACGCUCGAGACACAUUUAUUCUCAGUGCGGCAGACAGCUUGGGCCCUGUGUGGGGGGUUCACAUCUGGCACGACGGAUCGGGACUCUCCCCGGACUGGUACCUCAAACAUGUGGAGGUGUCCGAGGUGAACCGGGGGCAUGUGAAAGGUCGCGCCUGGCUCCUCGUCACUCAGUGCUGGGUCGCUGUGAACAAAGGUGAUGGCCAGGUGGAGAGAAUGCUGCGCGUUUGCAGCCACGGACUGGGCUUUGCUGAGAUGUUGCGCUUUAAAUUAUCCGACCUCUUGGCCGACUUCCACAUCUGGAUGUCUGUGUACAGCUGCCCCUGCCCCAACUUGUUCACACGCACUCAAAGACUUAGCGUGUGCCUGCUGCUGCUGCUGGGGUACGCGUGUGUCAACACAGUAAUCAUAUCACAAAUGGAUGAUCAGUUGCCAUUCGAGCUGGGUGUCCUCGAUGUAUCUGCCGUCUCGGUGACAACAGGUGUAUUGAGUGUGGUGGCAGUGUUGCCCGGAGCAACGAUGAUAUCUUUUCUGUUUCGACUGCAUGAGGUCAAGCUGACGAGGUCAGGAGCCCAGCACGCAAAAGACGGAAAGACUGACAAGGAUUAUUUUGAAGAUGGCCUUUCAGUAAAUCCCAGUGCAUUCCAUCUCUCUUGGAGAAGUCUGAAGCAGUGGAUACAGGAGGCCUGGAGGAAGAAACACCAGGGCACAGACCUGCUCUCGGUGUCCACUUCUAUUCUGGAAAGUAAAGACACAGAUAAAGAACCCAUGAACCAACCAGAUGUGAUCGUGAGAAAAGGGGAUGGUCUAACAGUUGAGAGCAGGACGGGACCAGUGCUUCGGAAUUUGUUACUGAUUUCUAAGGGGGAAGAUGCUGAUCAUGUAUCUCAGAUUAAAGAGAUUGAAAGGAGCAUGUUUUGUGGAACCCAGAAAGAUCCUGUGUCCAGUAUGAGAGAUGAAGACAAAGUGAAAGCGAGAAGAGUUGGACCAACGUACCAGCGGUGUCACUAUUUGGCCUGGGCCCUCUGUCUGCUGCUGUCCCUCUCCUGCCUGGCGCUGUCUGGGGUACUGGGAAUGAGAUUCAGCAGCAGCAAGGUUCUGCUUUGGACGCACUCUCUUUUCUUCUCCCUGAUUUGUUGCAUCUUCUUCAUCCAGCCAGUUGUGAUACUUAUUGUGGCAGUGACUGUCUCCUUCUGGUACAGAAAGAGAGCGGACUUUCAUACUUUUUCCAGAAUUGAAGAGUUACAGAUACAACUGUGCAGCCGCAACAGUGCAAAUCUACCAGAGGAGCAGUUCAGGCCUGAGGAAACAUACUCAUACCUUCAGAGGCUGCUCGCCACUCGCCAGCGAGCUCGGUACCUGCGUCUUGUGCGCCCACCGACUGUGGCUGAGCUGAGAAGAACUCGUUGGAGAAAGAGGAGAGAGACUCUCAUCCAUAACACCCUCAGGGAUUUGUCUGUCUGUGUCUCCAUGGUUGGCCUGAUGCUGUGUGUAACGUACGGCAGCCCGUUUGGUGACCAUUACCACCUCAACAAAGCUGUCAGAAAACAGUUUUUAAGGAUUGACUAUGAAAAUGACUUCAUGUCCGUACAAAGGCACGAGGACUGGUGGAAGUGGACACGGAGCAGUCUGCUAAAUUUACUGUACAAGAAUGCAUCAGCCAAAACCGAGCAGUCACACAUCUUGAUUGGAGAGCCAAUCCUGUGGAAGAUGGAGGCGGAAGCAUCCAGCUCGCCCUGGGAGCAGGCCUCUGAUGUGACUCUUGUACCAGAACGUUUUCGCUCGUUCUUGUCAGGGAGCAGAACGUCCACUUACCCGCACUCCAUUGUUACGGUUCCCACGGCAACGCCCCCAAGCACAUGUGGUCGCCUGGGCUGCUAUUCGGGGCCAAGCACAACAGUUGGCUUAGGCCACACAAAGUCCGACGCUGCAUCCAAACUGAAUCUCCUGCACUCGGGUGGCUGGUUUGGCAGAAGGACGGUGGCCCUGAAAGUCCAGUUCACCUUGUUCAGCCCUGCUCCCAACUUGUUCACCAGUGUGACCUUGCUCGCUGAGCAGAGCCCCACCAAUGUCCUGCUGCCCUCCUCUAAGGUCCAGUCAGCGAGGGUGUAUCGCACUACUGCUGUGUGGGACUAUGUUGUUAUGGUGUGUCAGCUCAUCUUCCUCUUCAUGUCUCUGCUGCAACUCUGCAUACAAGUGUGCACUGCGAGGCAGCAAGGGCUGAUGGGAUACUGGAGGACACCCUGCAACUGGCUCGAAGUCGCUCUGCUGACAGUGAGCCUAGUGUACUAUGUCUAUCACAUCCAUCACUCCAUCAUUAUCAUGGAUGCUGUGGAGCAGCUGCACAGACACAGGGGACACGUCGAAGUCAGCACCUUGGCUUCCUGGGAGCAAGACAUUCGUACUCUGAGUGGCGUCACACUUCUCCUCCUCGCCACGAAGUGUGUGACUCUGCUGAGGGUGAACAGGACCGUUGGUUUCUCUGCUACACUGUUGACCCGCUCACUCUCCAGUCUCAUGUGGCCCACGGUUUCGGGUCUGAUCCUGCUGGUGGGGCUGUCCUGCGCAGGGAGUCUUCUGUUCGCACAAAGCUCCGGGGCUUUCAGCUCCAUCCUCCGCUCCCUUCAGACUCUGCUCUCUCACCACUGGGGCCUCAGACGUGCCAGGAGCCUCCUCCUCUCUGGGAGAGAUUUCCUUUACGGCGGAACUCUCUAUCUGUCUUCCUCUGUGGUGUGGACAGCAGUGUUGAUAGCUGUCGUGUCGUCCUCGGUCAGAGGGGCCAAAAGGUCUCAGAGCAGGAGGGACGUCUUCACCGCAGCAGAGUUAGCCAGCUACGUCAGACGGAGGGUCUUUGAGUUCGCUGGGCGGCGGAAACCAAAAUGGACUGAUGACCACGUGGAGAGCAGGAUGUACUACCUUGAAGAGUUUGAGAGCCUGGUAGACGAACUGUUGUUCAGACUCACCGCCCUCUCUAACGGCCUGCACCACACUCUGCCCCCGAAACUCCAUCACUACCUGGAGGAGCACAGUCCCGUCACCUCGCCCAUACAGGAGCCUUCGAACACGGACACAAAGGAAUUUGCAAGAACACAAAUGAAAGAAGAAACAAUCAGGUCCAAGCUUGAACUAGAGAUGCUGCAGUUGCCUCAGCAGAGAGGCCAACGGAGGUGCAAUCCCUCCCUGGACGUUGUUUCGGUAUUUGAUAAUCAGCAGCAGACUGGAGGAAGAGAAGAAGAAAAUUCAGAUGACGGAGAGCUCCGGAGUUAUUUCAGGGGACAAAACUGCCUGUCCCCCCCAGAGUCAGCAUCAAGCAUCAGGAUUUGGACACAAGAUGUUCUGGAGAAGCGAGCUGACCAGUGGACUGGGACAACUCAGGCCACCCACACUGAGGUGGUGGUCGAGGUUCUGGUACACGAAGAGCCUGGAAGUGCAGGAGGGUCGUAGCUGCGCGUAGCAGAUACUGUAGUUCAGGCUUGGACACAGCAAGCAAUAAAAAAAAAAAGAAUUAGAAAUCUCGAAAUGCUUUGUAAGAGCUUUUCUUCUGUUUACAUCUAUAGUCUUGUUCGUGUCCAGCAUCUUAUUUUCUUUCGAUCAACUCUGGUAAAUGAUUUUAUCUGGAAGAUUUUACCUCCUACUAGCGAAACCAACUGAUAUAAAUCUUACAAGAUUUUUUAAAAUCCUUUAUAAGCAAGUUAUUAAUGACUUUGUAAUUGAACAAUUUGUCAUUCUGGUACACAAAACAAAUAUAAUGCUUUGUGAUACACAAUUGGAAACAUUAUUUUGUUUCCAGGUUUCCAGAAAAUAGUUAUAAAUACAGGGAUGUGGUUUUUUAAAACUUAGAAUAUGGAUUAAUAGUUACAAUAUUAUUGAGUUCUAUGUAAACUGUCCAUGGUGUCCAUCCUGAUUCCUUAAGAGCCGACUACCAUGUUCAGAUGAUGCACAGCAACUAAAGGGAUCCAAUACAUAAGUAGAGUACAUGUUAUAAAUGUGUAUUUGUAUUCAAGCAUCAAAGUGUACAAUAUAAAAAAUAAAUAUAUCACAAGAAAAGUC